ACUCGCAGUAUUUGUGCAGUAAUGCUUCCAUAAACGCAGGAGACUGUUUCGAGUAAAACGUAUAGUAGUGUAAUCUCACAAUUACUGGAGCAAAAUAAAACUGGAAUGGAGCAAAAUAGCAGAACAUUUUUUCGGAAAGGCCCAGAAUUCUGGAGUGACGAUGCCAUUUCUAAUAAGCAGAAGGAAGUGCUAGCGAAAGUUAUGUACGAUGUAAACGCGGACGACGAGCGGUACCUGCGUGUCCAUCCGGAAGUGGAAUACAUAAUUGCAGCAGUUGUCAUGGCAGCUACCGAAGCUAAACCGGAUAAUCCUUUGCUGUUUGCUGUGGAUUAUUUGGCGAGUGACCACUUGAAAGAACGCGUCAUGGAGCAGGUUCGAAAAUAUCGCUUGGACGAAACCGCACACCGACGAAUGCAUCAACUGGAAUAUGCAGGAAAUGUGCCCUUUGAUACCGAGCCGGCUCUCAUCCUGGGAAGACCAUUGCCCAGCAAAGCGAUCGACUCGUCGACCACAACCAGACCGCACCGGCUCGUAAAUCGUCUGGCGGAGUAUCAAGUCGUUUAACGUAGAAUUUUGUUGACUUUGCCAAAAUGUAACAAUCGAGAAAAUGCAGACGAGUUUCAUGUGGGCAGAAAACUGGAUAUUUGAUACUUUUACUAAGUUCUGCUGAUGUUUCUCGCGCUUACAUCGUGUAAAGUACCCUCUACCUAGUCGCACGUCACGUAUGCGUGCCACGAGUUGUCGAGUUUAUUUAAUAUGUUAUCGUUACGAAUUUCACGGUGUUGAUUCUGCUAGUAAGUACGAGUAAUAAAUAACACGCA